AUGGAGUCAACAAAGAGCGGCGACGACUCGUCAGUGGUCAUCGUGACCCCGGCUGAGACUGAGCCUGAAGUCAAGGAGGAGAAGACAGAGACAAAGACAGAGUCCACAGAGUCCACAGAGGAUGAGGAGAAGAAGGAGGAAGAGAAGGAAAAGGUUAUGGUCGGUCUUUUGGCUGAUACCAAGGAUCUCUACGCCAAGUACGACGAGCACGGUGAUCGAUCAUGGACAGACAAGUAUCCCACAGAUCUUGAGGAGGCGGCUGAGAAUGAGGAGACUCAGAAGUACGCCGUCAUUAUCCGCAAGAAGAAGCCCAAGGAGGCCGACUCCAACAAGCCCCUCAUCAUCGACAGUCUCGUCGUCCAGUCUCCCUACCUCAAGCGCGUCCUCGGCAAGGUCUUUGAUGGGUACCCUGGUGUCUUUUGCGGUGUAUCCCGACUCAAGUUCCAUGCCCCUUUCGAGUGCUUCGUUCACCGCUGGGACAAGUUCUCCGCAGCCAAGGAUGACACCACCUAUGAUGAGGCCACUCGAGAGCAUGUCACUCUGCUGUACAACAUCAUGAAGGAGGAGCUUGGUGAGAUUAUCCAGCUUCGAGAGGAUUACUUCAAGAACAGAGCUGUUGCUUUUGAGCACAUCUGGACUCUGUUCCCUCCUGGCUGCACUGUCUGGGGCUCUGAGAAGGGCAAGCCUGUGGCUGUCAAGUUCAACGCGGGCCACUUUGGGAAGAACAACUGCGGUGUCACUUUCUACAUCUUGCAGUGCAAGAUCAUUGACUGGGAUGGCAAGUACAUGGGCUGGACCGAUCUCACCUUGAGGAUCCCCGAGUUCUUUGGUACUGUGCCCUUCUCGGAGCUUCCUUGCUAUCCUCUCGAGUAUCACCCUCGCGUUGAUGCCGCCAAGGCGCUGUUGACGGAGCGCGGCCGCAAGUUUGAUGAGCUUGGUGGUUACUGCUACAAGUCGUACAACGGCACGGCUAUCUGGCACGUCAACUCUGAAAAGACUCGCAAGGAGACGGUUCAGUCGCGCAUUGUUAUUGAUGGAGCCAACUGGGAGAAGUUGAACCCCGACCACACUGUCUGGCUCAGCCCCAUUCACACCAGCGAAGACUUUAGCGACGAAAAGGAUGAGGACGCUGGGCCUAAUGCCGCUCCCCAGCGGCCUCCCCUGACUGAGGACCAGCUCCUCAUGACAUACCCCAUGGUCAGGGGCUACUCGCUCAAGAACAAGCGAUGGAUGGAGUUCUUUAUCGACGACGUCUCCGAGGUCAAGUUCAACGACCAGGCCUUUGAGUCUCUUGUCCUUCCCAAAGACCAGAAGGAUCUGAUCCUCGCCUUCGCCGAGAGCCAGGUCAAGUACAAGAACGUGUUUGACGACAUCAUCUCUGGCAAGGGCAAGGGUAUCAUCAUGUUGCUUUCCGGUGGUCCCGGUAUCGGCAAGACUCUGACGGCUGAGUCGGUGGCCGAGGAGAUGAAGGUGCCUCUGUACAUCAUGAGCGCUGGUGAUCUCGGCAGCGAUGCGUACGAUAUCGAGGAGAACCUUGGCCGCAUCCUGGAGAUGGUGGCUAACUGGAAUGCUGUCCUCUUGCUGGACGAGUGCGACGUCUUCCUCGAGGCUCGAUCUCCUCACGAUAUCGAGCGUAACCGAAUCGUGUCCAUCUUUCUGCGAACGCUCGAGUACUACGAGGGCAUCCUCUUCCUCACUACCAACCGCGUGAAGAACAUGGAUUCUGCCUUCCAGAGCCGAAUUCACAUGUCUCUCGAGUACCCUCCCCUCGACCGAUCUUCUCGGGAGGCCGUCUGGCGGGGCUUCCUCAACCGCGCCGUCAGCCUCGACGCCAAGGUCGCUGGUGGAGCCGCCCACGACAUUACUGAGGAUGAGACCAAGGCUCUGGCUGGCUUGGAGCUCAACGGUCGCCAGAUCAAGAACGUGCUCAAGACAGCCAAUCUUCUGGCUUGCCACAAGGGGCAGAAGCUGUCGUUCGAGCACUUGCGGACUGUCCUCCGGGUUGAGGGUCACUCCCUGUGA